UCGACUAAUAGCCGAUGGAUAAAGCGACUUUAGGAAAGCCAUAUGCCCCUCGUCGCCGAACAGGAUGUCUAGAGUGUCGGAAACGUCACAUACGAUGUGAUGAGGUACAGCCAACAUGUGUGAAUAGUGGAAACUGUUCACGUUCAAGAGUGCAGAGAGUUUGCAAGUACGCUCCCACGAUCCCUCUGCGUGAUAGGAGGGCCGUGGACAAAGCAUGCCGACCAUGGGAACAGUUGGUGUUUAUGACGAUCACACAUGCAGCCAAGCACUCAGAUGAAACAUUUCUUCAUGGAAAGAUUGGUGUUAUUAUUCAUGGAGCAUUAGAUCCCUUCCAAUUUCUCGGCAUAGAAAUGGCAUUUCAAUCCAAGGAGCUUUUUCAGUAUUUUUGCCAUAUAGACCACAGUAUGAACUCUAUAUCACAAGAUAAAACAUCCCCCAGCUUUAAAUCCAUCAUCAACGAUCCUCAAGCGCUACGCCUGACCCUUUUGAUUGCGGCGCUGCAUUUUGAGUGGACAACUGGGAGCAUGCAAUCUUUCGAAUCAACCUUCCUGUUCCACAAAGUAAAACUGAUCCACAUGGUCAACAAGUGGAUCACAGAACGACAGCCUGAACGCACGACUUGCAUUAUCAGCCAGAUAGCCUCACUCUGCUUUAUCGAGCUUUGUCUAGGUCACGUCUUUAGCGCAAAGGCCCACCUAGGCGGUAUGUUGAACCUUUUGAAAGAACGGAAACGACACUGGCAGCGAUUACCAGAGCAAGAUGAGCCUCUAUAUGAAAGUUCGAAAGAAGAAGAGUUCAAUCACCGAUACUACUUAUUAUUACAUUCUCUCUUCACCCGAAAUAUGACUAGACUACUUAACAGUAUGUGCUGCGGCGAGGUUUCACAAACUCAUCACGCCGUGCAUUCUGAGAAGCUUCUAGCCUUGGCAAGUCGGCUGGACCAUGUGGAGAAGAAUUGCGAUCUCUCGCUCAAGCUUGAUGCCUUAUGCUUAAUGCCAUUCCUUUCACGAUCCCCACAGACAGGGACAAUCUCGCCUUGGAUUGAUGGCACAGACACGGUUCGUGACCUGCGAGACCUGACAGACAGUCUUGACAUGAUCCGAUCGAAGCGAAGCUUCUCCGCAUUAGAAAACGAGUUUGCCUCGGCAUGUGCAAAUGGAGUUGCGUCAAAGCUACAUGUUCAAUAUGUUGCUUCACAUAUCGCAUCCAUCUCGCCGAAGGUGUGGAGACAAAUGUCAACAGAGGCAGUAAAAGUACUGAAGUCAACUUGGUGUGGCUUGUACGGCGCCACCAGCUUAUAUCUACACUACGUACUAGGACUUCGAAGUUGCUCAGAGGAGACGUUGGACGAUUACGUUUUUCAUAUUUUGAGAGAUGCUCUGAUCCGCCAUUUCGCGAAAACGAAGGAUUGCAUGGGAGCGGAUGGGUGUCUACUAUUUUGGCAAAUAUUCCUCGGUGCAAUUAGCGUGGAGAUCAGAUUCCGGCGAUCCGCCUCCAUGAGCUCAGAACUCCAUACUCUCAAUUCAGAUAUGUCAGAGUUUUUCGACAAAGGUAUUCGACGGUGGAGUCAAGCUUGUCAUAUCAGACAAUGGGUUGAUGCUAGAGCUACCCUUCAGAAGAUCUCGUGGCCGAUCAUAUAUGCCGACGAACACAUAGCAAAGGCGGUUUGGGAACGAGCUCAUUUCUCAUAGUUUCCGCUCGAUGGUCAAUAAAUCCCCCC